AUGUUCACCGGUGCUCAGAUGUCGCUGUCGUCCAAGGCCAGCGCCGCGCUGGGCCAGAGGCUGCACAGCCGCGUCGCGGUUGCGAGGCCCAUGGCCGCGCCGAUGACGAUCGAGGCCGCUCACAAGAAGGGUGCUGGUUCGACCAAGAACGGGCGUGACUCGAACGCGAAGCGCCGCGGGGUGAAGGUGUACGGCGACCAGGGCGUGACGGCGGGGGGCAUCAUCGUGCGCCAGGUGGGCAACAAGUUCCACGCGGGCAACAACGUCGGCACGGGCAAGGACUACACCCUCUACUCCACGAUCGAGGGCGUGGUCAAGUUCGAGACCAAGCGCGGGAAGAGCAUCGUGUCGGUGUACCCGGUGGAGGAGGUUGAGUUCGGCACGCCCCGCGGUCGCGACGACGGCAAGCCGACGCGCCGGGAGCGGAAGGCCGAGCAGUACCCCUCGCGCGCGCAGGCGGUCGCCGCGUAG